AAUUACUGAUACCAGUCAGUCUUUACCAGAUACUGGAUUUGUGGGAUUCUCCAAGAUGACUUGCACUGAAGCCUGGUCAUCCUGUAAUGGAUUCUUCCUUCUGAUCUUAUCUUUAUUGGCUAUUGCAUUUAACUUGACCCCACUGAUUGCUGAUUAUGUGGAAGAUGGAAGACUCUUUGUUAGCCCUAUCUCAUGCUAUGAAUGGUGGCUGCCCGGUUUGGUUGGAGGAGGAUUGCUGGUCCUACCGGCUGUAUCAAUGACACUAGCUGCAAGGAAGAAGGGAAGCUGCAAUUCCAGAGGAGGGAUGCUGGCGUCAGCUCUUCUGAGUGUUGUCAGUAUUAUUGGAGCGGUCUACUGCACUAUCAUCUCCCUCUUUGCGGUUGCCAAAGGACCACUGAUUUGUGAGACGGGAAGCAACGAGCUGAGCAGUUGUGACUACACCCUAGCCAACCUCAGCUCUAACUCCUUCAAAGAGCUCCAAUUUGAUCUUGCCUGGCUCCGGAACACCACCUGCAUACCAAGAGUAGAUCCUGCCAUGACAGCAGCACAAGGAAUUAUCCACCAGAGGAACCUUUCCAUAGAACUGAAUGAAGAGACGCAGAAGAUCAUCCACAUCACUGUGUUUGUGGCAUUGGCCAUUAUUGGGCUUGUAGAGGUAUUGGUGGCCGUCAGCCAGGCUGCAGCUGGAAUUUUUGGCUUCAUCUGUGGAACAUCUAAAAGAAGACAAAGCCAGAAUGCUUAAGAAAUAAAGGCCAAUGAAACACAUUGGGGAGGCCAAUUUGUUUGGAACCUUCCAGUGUCUUUAAUGGCCAACCUUCUGCCAUGGGCCGCCAAUCAUUUUCUUAAAAAUGCACAAGCCCUCGGUACUGUUGUGCAGAGCUUAUCAGACUCUCUGGCACCCCUUCAACUGAUUUUGGCUGGGCACAUGCACCAGGCCAGGGCAGGGAAUACCUGAGAACUCUGCACAACAGUACAAUAUAAUUAUAUUUUUUUGAGAAAGAAACUCAGGCUUGGUGGAUGAUUAUUUUGAUUAGUCAGUGGUGGUCUAACAAAUUACAACUCCCCAGUGAUUGGACUUUAAAGCAGGGGUUGCCAUAAUCACAUUGUAAAGUUGGGCAUACAUGAGAUGAUCUUUACUCCAGCAUGGGAGACCAAAUCAGGAUGAUCCAAUUGUUUAGCACCUGGGCCAACAAUAAGAUCAUAAUGGGGACCUACGUAGACCUACUAGAGAGGACCACAUCAUUGCCAAUUUGGUCCUCAUUCAAUGGGAUAUUCAAACCUGCCUGAUCCAUAUCUAGCUAAUUUUCCUGCAGGUAUAGAUCAGGCAGUGCCUUCUGAGGUCCUCAUGGGCAGGUUGAUAAGCUGCCAAAUCAUCAUCUUUGAUUGGCCAGCUUAAGGUUUCUCUAUGUAUUUUUAAGAAUAUGCACUGUGAUCUCCUUUGGUGAAGAAGAGUUGUCAUAUAAAGAUAUUAUCAUAUUCACAAGUUCAACAGCAGAUCUGGGGAAAUUGCUUCUCUCUUGACAUGCACUCCCACCCAUUUCCUAAAGAAUUCUAAUUGUAAUAAAUGAAAGUAUCUGUCAUUAAGCACAAAAUGUGCCUUAGGCCAGUCUGUGGGUGUUAUUUGGGCAACCUGAUAAAGUUAUUUGCCACUGCUCGGUCAACAUUAAUAUCUAUUUAUGUACUCGCUAAAUGAAAUGUAAUCAACGCUUAAAUGGUGUAUUUGCUAUUUCUCUGCUAUAUCAAUGACCUGUAUGACAAUGAACUAUAGUACUGUUUGUUCUGGCUACGCCAUGGUUUAUAAAUACUGUUUACUUCUCCACUAAGUUUUCAUUAAGAUAAAAGUUUAUUCCUCGUAGAGCAACGUUCUUAUCCACAUAUUUGUAUAUUUGCGUGGAAGCUGCUGCAAUGUGUGCUUGGUUUGUUUGAAAAUAAAUCUCACCAUAAAUUUCACUUUUAGCAUAUAAUAAAUUAUCAUGUUUGUUUCAA